AUGAUUUCCUUCAUUUUUGUAGCAGUUGCACUCUUCUCACUUGUAAGCACUUCUACUUCUUCCUCUAUCAUUACCGACUUUCAUGCAUUAAUUGCACUCAAACAAGGCUUCAAGUUCUCUAAUCUGGACAUAAGCACUUGGAAUUCUUCCAAUCCAUCCUUGGUUUGUUCUUGGAGUGGAAUCAAAUGCUCCAAUGGACGAGUAGUCUCGCUUAAUGUAUCAAAUAUGAGUCUUUAUGGCUCUGUUUCACCAGCAAUUUCAAGACUUGACAAGCUGAUGGAACUCUCUAUUGAUGGAAACAACUUCGCUGGUGAAAUCAAGAUCGAAAAUAUGAGCACUCUCUGGUUUCUUAAUAUAUCAAACAACCUUUUUAAUGGGAGUUUGGAUUGGAAUUACUCAAGCCUUGCCAAUUUGGAAGUUCUUGAUGCAUAUAACAACAAUUUCUCUGCUUACCUUCCUCUGGGGAUACUAACUUUGAAGAAUCUCAAGCACUUGGAUUUGGGAGGAAACUAUUUCUACGGAAAAAUCCCAGAAAGAUAUGGAGAUUUGACUGGUUUGGAAUACCUGUCUCUUGAAGGAAAUGAUCUUCGAGGAAAGAUACCUCGAGAAUUGGGUAAUCUCACUAACUUGAGACAAGUUUACUUGGGCCAUAUCAAUAUUUUUGAGGGUGGUAUCCCAAGAGAAUUUGGCAAGUUGGUGAAUCUAAUCCUCAUGGAUCUUUCAACCUGUGGAUUGGAUGGUGCAAUCCCUCCUGAGUUGGGGAAUUUGAAGUCACUUGAUACAAUGUUUCUGUACAUCAAUCGCCUCUCAGGUCCAAUACCAAAGCAAUUAGGCAACUUAACAAGCCUAAAGACUCUCGAUCUUUCUGUCAAUGCGCUCACUGGAGAAGUCCCAUACGAGCUUAUCAACCUCAGGCAGAUCAAACUUCUAAAACUGUUCAUGAACAGAUUGCAUGGGUCCAUACCAAGUUACAUAGCUGAUUAUCCAAAUAUUGAAGUUCUUGAACUCUGGAAUAACAAUUUUACAGGCACUAUCCCGAAGAAUCUUGGAAAAAACCAGACGCUUAAGGACCUCGAUUUGUCUUCAAACAAGCUCACUGGUACGAUCCCUGAAGACUUGUGUGCCUUAAAACAGCUUAGAAUACUAAUUCUCCAUAAAAACUUUCUCUUUGGGUCACUGCCACAGGGCUUGGGCACAUGUUCGAGUCUUGUUAGGGUAAGGUUGGGGCAAAACUACUUGAAUGGGAGCAUUCCAACCGGUUUCAUAUACUUACCCCGGCUGAAUUUUGUUGAACUGCAGAACAAUAUGCUGUCUGGAUCAUUGUCUGAAAAUGGUAAUUCAUCUACCAGGCCAACUAAGUUAAGCCAAAUGAAUCUAUCAAACAAUCAACUUUCUGGACCCUUGCCAUUCUCUCUUUCCAAUUUGUCUUCCCUCCAAAUCCUUUCACUUAAUGGAAACAAUUUUUCCGGCUCAAUCCCUUCUUCCAUAGGUGAACUUCACCAAGCCCUAAAGCUUUCUCUAAAUGGGAAUUCUCUUGUUGGAGAAAUUCCACCUGAAAUAGGUAACUGUGUCCAUCUUACUUAUUUGGAUUUUAGCAACAACUACUUGUCAGGUUCAAUCCCACAAGAAAUAUCAAAUAUUCGAAUCUUGAAUUACCUAAACCUAUCAAGAAACCACUUGAAUGGAACCAUACCCCCAUCAAUUGGUACAAUAUCAAGUCUCACAACAGCUGACUUUUCAUUCAAUGAUCUCUCUGGUAAGCUACCCGAAUCAGGCCAGUUCUCACUCUUCAAUGCUUCUUCAUUUGCUGGUAAUCCCAAACUUUGUGGAUCCUCAUUCAACAACCCCUGCAAUGCCUCUGCAAUUACAAGCCCACCAAGAAAAUCCCACAGUGCAAUCAAGCUGGUCUUUGCCUUAGGCCUUUUAGUCUGUUCUCUAGUUUUCGUCACUGCAGCUAUAAUCAAGGCCAAAUCAUUCAACAAAUACACCUCAAAUUCCUGGAAAAUCACCGCCUUCCAAAAGCUAGAUUUCACAGUCUCUGAUGUUCUUGAAUGCAUAAAAGAUGGCAAUGUAAUCGGAAGAGGAGGCGCCGGAAUAGUCUAUCACGGCAAAACUCCAAAUGGGGUCGAAUUUGCUGUCAAAAAACUUCUGGGAUUUGGCAACAGCCACGAUCACGGCUUUAGGGCUGAAAUUCGAACAUUAGAUGGUGGAGCCUCCGAGAGCAUGUCCGCCAUUGCAGGGUCCUAUGGGUAUAUUGCUCCAGAAUAUGCCUACACAUUGAGAGUAGACGAAAAGAGUGAUGUUUACAGUUUUGGAGUAGUUGUUUUGGAGCUCAUCACCGGACGACAGCCCGUUGGCAAUUUUGGGGAAGGAGUCGAUAUUGUGCAGUGGAUGAAGCUAACAACGAACUGUCAAAGAGAAAAAGUUGUUGAUAUAAUUGAUCAAAGGUUAAAACUUGUGCCUAAAAAUGAAGCCAUGCAUUUGUUCUUUGUUGCCAUGCUCUGUGUUCAAGAAAACAGCAUUGAACGGCCAACCAUGAGAGAGGUUGUUCAAAUGUUAUCAGAAUUCCCUCGUUCCUCCUCGUCUUCCUUCUGUCAUUACUCAGAACAACCUUGA